AUGUCUCCGCUUGAAUAUUUCGUGGAGUCGUAUCUCACGAGCGACAAGGACGACGACUGCGAAAUCACCGUUCGACGCAAUGGCAAGCUUAUCUACCUGCGGCUCUCUCCAUUGCAGUUCCAGGAAUCACCCGAAGUCGAGGCGUAUUACUUUAAGUGCCUGAACGUUCUCAAGUCUGGAGAGGAGGUUAUUGACGAUUUAUACGACGACGAGGCCCAAGAAUGGCUCGUGAAACCAUUCGAGCCCCUGAUGGCGCAAUUCGCAACCGAGCCACCAGGAGGCCUUGGAAUACCGACUUUGGCGAAAUAUUUUUUCGCCGACUAUUUAGUUCUCACUCUAGAUGUGAAGAAAGAAGAGCUUCGACCGCGUCGUGUCGAAACCCAGACGCCCCCUCGGAUACCAUGGGUUUGGAUCUCUGAUGAGCUCGCUCACGACUUGGAAGGAUGGACCACAAUAUACCCUCCUUCACAGGUCGAGAUAUACUACGACCGGCCUCAAGACGUGCUUAUCAGGCUGCCACGUCGAGUUCAUGUUAAUGAUGGAAAGGAUACCUACUUUUUCAAACCGUUUUGUGUCGGGGGCAGCCGCGAAGAAGUCAGCCAGGAGCUGAAAAAUUUCAAACAGAUUGCGAUGGCGAAUCUGGGACCGAAAGCCCGUGUUUGCCGCCUGCACGGCGUUGUUGGUGACGGAGACCAGUUGCUGGGGAUGCUUCUGACGUUUGUUGAGGAGCGGCUUCCUCUUCAUCGGGCAAGAGCGUUCGCUCCGUCUUCGCUAAGACAACAAUGGGCAGCACAGAUCAAGGACUCGCUGGCUGCACUGCACAAAGCUGGCCUUGUCUGGGGGGACGUGAAGCCUCACAACGUCUUGAUCGAUGCCGAAGAUAACGCGUGGCUAAUUGAUUUCGGAGGAAGUUACACGGAGGGCUGGGUCGACAGGCAGGAAGCAGGGACCGUAGAAGGGGACUUACAUGGUCUAGCCCGGAUUCUGGAGUUUCUAUCCUAG